ACGAAGUAAAGAAAACCUCUUGGACUAAAAAACUCUCAGCUUCUCUAGUUCUGUCUAAUUGUUGAAUCAACUGAACUAGGCUAAACUCUGCAGUUAAACAAUGCCUGGUUUAUAAAAAUGAGACGGGCUUGUCUAGCCCCUCAAUUCUGCUCCAUUACUGAUCUGCUCUUGUUCUUCAGAACUCAUGCUGACUUGCUUUCCUCACUUUCCAUUAUAGCUCCUAUUGCAUACAUGCCUCAUUUACAGGUUCGCCAAAAGCUCUGGUACAAUUACCAUUCGUUAUCCAUGGGCGGUGAGGAAGAUGCGAUAGCGAUUGAAAAUCAUCAUGCUAUCGCCAUCAAAGAUGGCUCUCUUCAAAAUUUGCAUGUGGGUAACCAUCUUCUGGCUUCGUACGUCAUGUAUCAUCAAUUCGAUCAUGCACGCAAGUUGUUUGAUGAAAUACCUGCCAGAGAUAUUCGCACGUGGACUACUCUUAUAACAGGCUUUUCUCGAAUUGGGUGUUCUAUUUUGGGGCUGCAGCUUUUCAGAGAGAUGCAGAUUCAGGGAGUUUGUCCUAAUCAGUUCAUUUUAUCAAGUGUUUUGAAGAGUUGUUCUGGUUUGCGUGAGACCAGGACGGGGAAGGAAAUUCAUGGGUGGAUAGUACGAAAUUGUAUGGAUGUGGAUGUUGUUUUGAAGAAUUCAAUUCUUGAUCUUUACGUGAAAUGUAGAGCUUUUGAUCAUGCAAGCAGAUGGUUUGAGUUGAUGAAAGAGAGGGAUUCAGUGUCAUGGAAUGUGAUGCUUGCUGCAUACUUGCAUAUUGGAGAAGUUGGAAAAUCUCUUGAUUUGUUUAGAAGCUUUCCUUUGAAAGAUGUUGUGACUUGGAAUACUGUCAUAGAUGGGCUAAUUAAAAAUGGGUUUGAAAGAACUGCAUUAGGGUUGCUCUACCAGAUGGUACAAAAUGGACUCUUGUUUAACAAAGCUACUUUCUCCAUAGCCUUGGUUUUAGUUGCAUCCUUAUCGAUUUUGGAGCUAGGGAAGCAAAUUCAUGCACGAAUUCUAAGGCUUCGAGUUCCUAUUGACGGCUUCAUAAGGAAUUCACUAAUUCACAUGUAUUGCAGAUGUGGAAAAAUGGGAAAUGCAUCGGUAGUUUUUGAGAGAAUUAGUCCAGAUUUUCUGAGACCAGAGGAUUCUAAGAUUUCUUGCAAUGAAUUGGUGGCAGCAGCUAUUUCAUGGAGCUCAAUUGUUACCGGAUAUGUCCAGAAUGGUGACUAUGCAUAUGCUUUGCAAACAUUUAUCUCCAUGGUUGAUGAAAAUAUUGAGGUGGACAAAUAUACUAUCACCAGCAUUAUUUCUGCUUGUGCGAAUUCUGGAACACUGGAAUUUGCUCGACAAAUCCAUGCCUACGUUCAGAAAAUUGGACAUGAGAUGGAUGCUCACUUGAGAUCCUCACUAAUUGACAUGUAUGCAAAAUGUGGUUGUUUGGAUGAUUCAUGGACAAUUUUCGGACAAACUAAUGACCAUAACAUUGUAUUGUGGACAUCAAUGAUAUCUGCUUUUGCAUUACAUGGGUACGGGAAGGAAGCCAUUAACCUUUUCAAAUGCAUGAUAGACGAGAGAAUUACAGUACCAAAUGAGGUAACUUUUGUUGCUGUUCUAACAGCAUGCAGUCAUGGCAGAUUGCCCGAGGAAGGUUGUAAAUAUUUUAGAUUAAUGACAGAAGUUUAUGGCAUCAAACCAAAAGUCGAACACUUUACUUGUAUGGUUGAUAUGUAUGGUCGGUGCGGCCUCUUUAAUGAGAUAAAGGAGUUCAUUCACAAGCAUGGUCUUUCUCACUUAACCGCAAUUUGGAAAUCCUUUCUAUCUUCCUGUCGACUUCACAAGGAUACUGAGAUGGCGAAGUGGGUUUCAGAAAAAUUACUGCAACUGGAACCAUUUGAUGCAGGACCUUAUAUUCUGUUAUCCAACACAUAUGCCACAGAACAUAAAUGGGAAAAAGCUGCAAAAGUGAGGAGUUUAAUGAACAACAGAGGAGUUAGAAAACAUCCUGGUCAAUCUUGGAUCCAAAUUAAGAAUCAAGUUCACAUUUUUGUGAUGGGAGAUAGAUCUCAUCCACAAGACAUUGGAAUAUAUGCAUACUUGGACAAGCUAAUCGGAAGGUUGAGGGAACUCGGUUACUUAUCAGAUUUGGAACUGGUGAUGCAGGAUGUGGAAGAAGAAGAAGGAGAGAGACUUCUUCAUUUCCACAGUGAAAAACUUGCAGUUGCUUAUGGCAUCAUUAGCACACCGUGUGGGAUGCCAAUUCGAAUAAUGAAAAACCUACGAAUUUGUAAUGACUGUCAUAACUUUAUGAAGUACACUUCUCAACUUUUGGGCAGGGAAAUAAUUGUCAGAGAUAUUUAUCGGUUUCAUAAUUUCAAGCUUGGCCACUGCUCAUGUGGAGAUUACUGGUAACCGAAGCAAGAGCAUCUCUUAUUUGAUAGCUUUCAUGGCAGUAUUGAUCAGGGGCACUGCUGGUGGAUUGAAUUCACAAUAUAUAUAUAUAUAUAUGUUCUGACCUUGUAGCCUCCCUUCCUGAUCUUCAUCAUGGAUAUAUACAAUUUCAAAAUGCAGACAUUCAGACCUAUGUCAGAAAAAAUUUCUUCUUAUCCUUACCAUAACAAUUCUUUUAAACGUAGAUCUACACUUUCUUUGAUCACCAAUUAAUUUUGAUCCCCCUUGAGGGCCGGCUCUGUACACGGGAGAAGAGGUUUUGCAGAAGCAAAUGGAACAAGGAUAUGAAGCUCUAUUUUGUACAUAAAAGUAAUUUUUAUUUUUUAUUUUUUAAAUUAACAUGUACAUUGUAUGUUUUUAUUUAUGAAAAUAUGCAAAACUUGUAUAU